AUGGAAGAGCUAAAAGAUGAGGCUUCGUGCAGUGGGGACAACCUUUCUCUGCCGUUAGCUGGGACUGAUGCAUGGCCUGCUUCAGCCACCCUAGCCCAGCCACCCUCGCUUCUGAGCACCCUGGACCCAGCCCACCUGGGGCUGCCUGAGCAACUGGCCUCUGUCACUGUCCCCAUACGCCUGGACACUCUAUCCUACCUCCUACACAGUGCCCUACUGGGGACCUACAACUUCCAACAGUCCUUACCCCCUUGCUCCUGCUCUGCCAACCCAAGCCACAUCUCCUCAGACACAGUCAGGAGGCCUCCCAGGAGAUGGGACCAGGCCCGUGGGGGCUGGGAGGUUCGGCGCAGGCCUUCCCGGGGUAGGGGCAGGGGCCGGGGCCAGUCACAGUGGGGUCCUGUGAGAGCCAAUGAUCUGGAGAGAAGCAUGGCAGGAGGCUCUGAGUCUGGCCCCAAGACCCAGCCAGUGACACCACCAUCCCAGGAUGGGCAAAAGGAAGCUGGAGGUCUGGAGCCAUCCCUUCCCCCAGCACCUCUGUCUGAGGACUGGGAGACAGACUACUAG